CAUUGUAGUGGGGGUGCCGGGAUUCAGCUGCGCGAGGGGUGCAAUAAGCUGUGGUUUACCAUUCCCAUGCGCACCUCGCUGAAGGGAUGACACUCCAAGUGGUUCUAUUGCACAAACCAGUUGGAUUCUCUUCCUGCCUUCAUUGGCCACAUGAUGGGAACUAGGGUGGCCCAAUCUUCCGUCACGUGAGGAUAACACGUUUUGGGCGGAGCACGACACACUGAUUCGGCUUCAAGUCAACAAACUCGAACCCUGCAAUCUUAGCACCACGACUCCUCUGGUUAUCAACCGUGUCACAACCCGGUUGACCUCGCCAAGAAGGCUAAUCUUUGCCUGCGAAACGAAGAACACAAGCAAGAACUCAAAAGAACGCAACUCUCAAUAGGAAUGCAGAUGAAUGAUUAAGCACAAAAGUUGGGGUUCUACAAACCGAUGAUGGUGAAACUAUUAUUGACAGAUUAAUCUAAGAAAAACCCGAGUCUAAAUGAUGGCGGCUGCUGAGUUUAUUAACCUAGGGCAAUCUAGGGUUGGGGGUGCACCAAAGGGGCAUCCACAACAUGGGCCGAAGGCCUGACACGAUACAAAGCCCGAAAAGGCCCAAAAUAGGUGACACAGCAGAUUGUUGUGGUCACACAGAAUGAUCCACGAAGCAAGCUAGGAACAGAACCAAAAGAAGUGUCUCAUCGUCAUGGUUCCAACGCAUCGAAGAACACCACAUUUGGAUGCCGGAUGAGGGAGAUAUCGCCAUUUUGGUGCAGGGAGUUCAGCUGAAUCCGACUCGAACUUGGAGUCCAUCUUGGUGACAAUUUGUAGCUUGGAGUUGAGGGCGUCUCGUGUAUGUCCAGCAUGGUGCUGUCCUCGUCACCAUGCUUCCGUCGUCCAGGAGACGUGGUCCCUUUUCCCGACCACCGACGAGGCCCCCCAAAUUGGGGCGCUGUUCGAUCUGGUCGACGUCGUGUGGAAGACAGGAAUGACCGACGUGUGGGCUGUGCACCACUUCAUCCGCCGCCAGAUCCAGCCGCUGAAAGACCGAGUGCACCUCGCCUUAGACUACAUGGGCGAAACUGACCCGACUCAUGAAUCACCGGAGAUGAUCAAGUCCGUCGAUCUCACCGCUCGUGUGAGGCGACUCUGCGCACCCAGGAUAGACAUCCCAACUCAGGCCGAGGAUUUCCCUAGGCCCUUCAACGCCAGCUUCCAGCCACCAGUGGACAACCACCAAUUCCCGUCACAUUCGCCUAGGCGCGCCGUGCCCGAACAAAAACGAGCGGCAGUGGCGUCAAGUGAUGAGCCAGCGUCGCAGAGGUUGGCUAGUGACCCGGACGCCGAGUUCGAGGUCUUGGAGGUUCUUAAAGAAGGCGACGCACCGAUUGCUGCCAAACCAACGCCGUCGUCCCGGUCCUUCAAGCCGACAAAGCAAUUCUUCUUUCGGCAAGGGACACGGUAAGCCUUCAUCAAACCCAUAGUUAUUUCUUUGAAUGCUUGCAUUCUCAAAGUAUUUGUACAUCCAGGAGGUCCAGCGACAUUGACCUGGCUGGUCCAUCAGCCGAGGCGAGCGUGGCCCAGCCUCCGACUAAUCCCACUCCUCCCACGUCAGCCCCCGACCUAACGAUUCGGAUGUCGACGCCGAAGAAACCCUAGGCCAAGAAGAAGACAGCCUCCCCGACCCCUUCUCGAGCGGAGAUCCUGCCUCCUACUCGACCUAGGACCCCGCUGCCAAGCUCGAGCGAGGAGUCCCCGAAGGAGAUCCCUCGGGCGGUUCCCCGACUGACCGAGUUCGGUGAGGCGAUGGUGCAACCCUUUAGGCUCUCCUGGGAGGUUUCGGCCGAAUGCCGGGAGAGCUUGAUUGUCAACCCCUAGUCUGAGGAGGAUGACCUAGCGCUGAUGGAGAAGCACAUCCGCGAGUCUGCGUUGCUUCUCGGGUAAGUAUUUGACCGACUUGUUUCCCCUAGGCCCUCUCAUUUGGUUCUUUC